UAUGUCGGUGGACAGAGGAAUGUUUCAUUGUCGCCUUUGGGAGAGAAAUGACGGUCUUCAACAGGGAUCUCCGUCGUUUAAAAACCAUCAGAACUGAGAAAUACUACAACAGGAUUUAUAAAUACAAUGACAAUCAACUCGUGUGUGGUGGUCAUUAUUUUAGAGACAUAACUCAAGAAGAGAGACACAAGAAAUACUAUUAUUGCGAUGACCCCGACACCUUUGACUCUUAUUAUGUGGAUGUGGUUGAUAUCAACGAUGGGAAAUGUAAAGAUGAAGUGUGUGGUGGGAAGAUGGGGAGAUUGGGAAGGUUUGAGGGAGAUGAAAGGGUGGAUGGUGUGGGAGUCACAUCUUUUGGUGAUGUUGUUGUUUUGAGGAGGGAGAUGGAGGAGGAGGAGAAUUUUGGAUAUUGUGAAGCUUUGUGUCUUGUGGAAUGGUUCAGGGAAAAGUCUUUAGUGAGGAGGAUAGGAAUAGAAGGAGGGAUGUUUUAUGGUCGGGGAUAUGUAAUAAGACCUCGUCUGACCAUAAUUGGUGAAUGUGUUUAUAUAACAGAUUUAAGAAACAAUAUUUACGAAAUACCUCGACAUAUUGAAGAGGAAACAUCUGAAGAUGAUGAAAUCCUGAUAUCUGAAGAUAAUCCAAAAUAUUUACUCCUCAGAUGGGAUGAUAAUGAAGUGUUUGAAGUUCUUGGUUUGGAUGUUUCAGACAAUUCUUUGAUGGUUUUUGGAAUUAUUCCUGGACGUCAAUCUUUUGCUUUCUUUUAUUUUGACAAAUAAAUAUUUCCAGAAA